UAUCACAGAGGACAUGUCCCUGAUCUCCUGCUGUAGAUCCCCUCUGCCACCGCAUGAAGGUCACCAAACAACCCAAUGUCACCAGAAGAGAGGGGUUCCUGCUCCCUCCGUGUGUCCGGAGCAGGGCUGUCAAACUGAUGCCCUUCAGGCACGCGCUCCCUGCCCCAGAUGAACAUGCAAACAACUGAGCAAGGCGAUCUGGACCCCUGCGUACGGGCUGACGUGCGAAGCUUCUGUUACUGAUUUUCAGCCUUUUCAGCCAGAUGAUGAACUACGGAGCCGCUCACUGACACAGGCUCCAACAGCUGUCCACGUCUCACCUGGUCGCAGUCCUAAACGCGCCACGUGAUAAUGAGCCGUGAGAUUUCCACACAGAAAACAGCGACAUCAAACGCAUCAGAGCCGCGAGCUUCACGGAACCACUCCGUGAAGCAUUUGGCCGUUAAAGCCUCAAACGACGCUCCGACAAAAGUUAGCGAACUUGUCUCCGGUGCUUCACUCGCAGCCCUCCCCGUCGCCCUCCCCGCCGACGCUACGCACGCCGCCGCGGCGCGUCUGCGAGCCACGUAACAUGGAGUCCUGCGCCUGGCGCCUGCGAACAGCUGAGCGGCCGUGAGGACGACAAAGCGGCAAGUCCGUGCACGGCGGCGGUGCGCGCGUGUUCCGAGCAUCGUCUCUGGCGCAAAGCGUCAUCUGCGACCCGCAGCCAUGACGAGCGGCGCGUAGGCAGCAAAGCAGGCCGAUCCGGUGAGUAUUCCGGCCGAAGCCGCCGUUUGUGGGCGUUCGGCCGCUAAAAGCCGCGGUGCACGGCUGCGUCGCUGUUGUGGUCACCUGACAGCGGCGGCUCGAUGCGCAGCGCGGCCCCGAAGCGGCGGAGACCGAGCCGUGGGACGCCGCGCGUGACCGGGCAUUUUCCUGCUCCGGAGGUGCGGCGGGACGACGGGCCCGGACCGACGCUGCGUCUCGUUCUGGGGAAAUGGGUCAGACCUGCGAGACCAGUCGGCGCCGGGCACGUGCGCGUGUUUAUUCCAGGCUGAUUAGGCGUCAGAAGUGUUCGGCAUCUCUGAUCAACUUACUCUGUUCCCAGAGGAGGAGCGGCUGCACCAUGUAGGCCGCCUGCCCACCCGUGGGAUCCAUACUGCUCUCUGGGGGUCCAUGGAGCCAGAAGGGCGAGCCCGGACCCCAGGGACCAGCUAUGGGCCCCCAGCCCUGACCUCAGCCCGAGGCUUCCUCAGCUGCACCUCCAAGUCCUCACGCUCUCCAGCUGUGAGCGGCGGUCAGAUGUCUGCCAGACGUUCGCGGCGCCGCUCCCGAGACGAGGGCUCUGAUCCGACCGAAGGCGUGGACCCGGAGCGGAGGUUCAGGUCCUCGGCGUUUCCCUGGUCCCUGAGCUGGGACUCGGACUCGGAGAAGGAAGCCCUGGAUGAGGAGGAGCUGCAGCACUUCUCUAACCCUCACGGUCUGGCUGCUCACAGCCCAGGAUCUCCUUCUUCUGGACUCAGAUUUGAUCGCGGCGACGAGCACGAAGCUGAACAUCUGCACUCACAGAGUCCGACUCACGGGCGCCGCAGCAGCGCCAGCGCCAGGACAGGGGGACCCGACGGGGCCCGGCCCGGCCCGGCCCGGCGCUUGUCGGACGGUGACGUCUGGAGCGUUUGUGAGGAACCAGAGGAGGAGACGGGCCUCGAGGCCAAGGAGAGAGACGUGUACAGCUUCCCUGGGGACUCGGACCCCGAGAGCCCGCCUCCCGCCCCCUGGGCUCACUGCACAUUCGUUCAGCGCUGCAAGAAGAAGCGGGUUCUGCUCAGGCCGUUCUCUGGACUCGGCAGCGCCAAGCGCUCGGCGCCUGAGGCCGGCUGGCGCCGGGGAGAGGGGCCUCUAAAGUCCAAACGGGCCGAGGCAGCGCAGUCCAGCCGAGCCGGAGGCGAAUAUGAUUUCGAGGAAGCAGUCUUUGAAGAGGGAGCGAUGGAAGAGCCGGGAAAGUUCCCACACAGAGCAGGGAACGAGGCCCGGGCCGGGCCGGUCCAGAUCUUCACCUGUGUGGAAUGUAGCAUUUACUUCAGGAAGCAGGCCCACCUGCAGGAGCACAUGGUGGAGCACAGCAGGCGUCUGGGGAAGGCCGGCCGGUUCCGCUGCGCCGAGUGCGGAUGGAGCCUGCCGAGUCGCCCGGCGCUGACGGGUCAUCACAAGCGACACCAGGAGUCCCGUCGGAAGAUUCUGGAGGAGAUCGAGAAGCUGAAUGAAAGCGGGAAGCAGCCGCUGACGGGCCUGGACCCCGAAACAGGCUCUGUUCCGACUCCCAGCAAAGUGUACUCGGAACCAGCGCCAACUCCAGAACCCGGCUCAGCAGUUACCGUCCCAGACAAAAGUCCUCCACACCCGGUCCGACCUCCAGCUCAGACCCGAAGCGUCUCUGCCCAUCGCCGUCGCUUUAUCUGCAGCAAGUGUAACUUCAGCACCAGAACCCCCCAGGCUCUGGCAAACCACUCCAAGACCCACAACAGGAAAGGAGCUGCCCUCCAGGCGGCGCUGGCCCGCGGCCACUGUGCCUUCCUGACGUCCAGUCAGACCCGACUCACGGAGCAGCACACUCUGGUUCACCCAGGGGAGGUCAGCAGCAGCGUGGAGGAGCCUGGGUCCAAUGACCCGGCCACGGGUUCUGACCCAGCCCAAGGCAAACGCCAGCAAAGAGCUGCUGCCUCUGAGGGCAGCACAAUGGCGGAACCAGCCCUGGCUCGGCUCACCGGUCGACUCGCGGGUCGCAGGGUUUUUAACAGCAGGAGAGGAAGGACUUUAAUCCGAGAGGUUGAGCCGAGACCGCACGGUCACGGGCCGCACAGUAGCGAAGAAGACGGGCCGGACGAAGGUCGGGACACUGAGCCGACCCAACAAGGGUCCAACUCGCCCGGAGCACCGACACCCGACGUCGGAGCGUUGGCCAGGACAGGUGACGGUUCAGCCGCCGCGUCGCUGCCUGCGAAGACCAACACGAGGGCCGAGGGGCCCGGGCCCGGGCCCGGACCCGGACCCGGACCCUGUGCUGGGCCGGCGCCUGGGGAUGGGCCCGGACCCUGGCCUGGACCUGGGGACGGACCCGGAUUGGGGUCUGGACCCGAACCUGAACCUGGACUUGGUCCGGAGCCGGGUCUGGAGCCGGAGCCAGGGACCGAUGCAAAGGUUCGGUUCUUGAGGAGGAGCAGCCGCGUCGCUGCCGCUGCUGCAGACAGCGACGGCGAGGACGACAGCGACGGCGAGGACCACGGCGAGGAGCGACAGCGCUUCCUGUCGGGAGGCGUCUCGGGCGACGACGACGAGGCCGAUGAGGCGCUGAGGUGCGUGGAGAGGAAGUGCCCGUACUGCCCCGAGCGCUUCCAUAACGGCAUCGGACUGGCCAAUCACGUGAGGGGACACCUGAACCGAGUGGGCGUCAGCUACAACGUGCGUCACUUCAUUUCGCCGGAGGAGGUCAACGCCAUCGAGAAGAAGUUCUCGUACCAGAAGAAGAAGAAAAAAGUUGCCAACUUUGACCCAGACACGUUCAGCGUGAUGCACUGCGAGUUCUGCAGCGCCGGGUUCGACACCCGGGCCGGGCUCUCCAGCCACGCCCGGGCCCACCUCCGGGACUUUGGCAUCACGAACUGGGACGUGACCGUGUCACCGAUCCACAUCCUGAGGGAGCUGUUCUCCAGCAGGCCCGACCUCGUCCUCCCCACCGCUCCCCCCCGGAGCCUGGCCUCCCCACAGCAGGAGGGCGAGGAGCUGGAGGAGGAGCAGGGGGGGGAGGGGGACACGAGUGAGAGGACGGUGAGCUCAGCGUCUCCUCCGUUGUGGAAGCAGAGCGGAGGCGAGGAGGAGGAAGCGGCUGAGGAAGAUGACGAUGAGGAGCGGCAGCUUCCAGCUCUGGACGCUCUGAGCACAGCGGACUCGGACGCCCCGUCUCCCAGGGAGGAUGCAGACGCCAAGGUCCAUGACCUGAGGUGCGAGGUGUGUGGAGCCCGGUUUGAGACGCGCCGCGGCCUGUCCAGCCACGCCCGCUCCCACCUGCGCCAGCUGGGCAUCGGCGUGUCGGAGAGCAGCGGGGCUCCCAUCGACCUCCUCUACCGACUCGCCAGGGAGCGCCACGCGGACCCGGAAGCCGCCGCGGCGCCUCGGGGGCCCGGGGGCGCGGACGACAUGGACUUGGAGCAGAAGCCCAACCCGUUCUCCAUCCUGGCGACGCCGGCGGCGCCCGCGGCUUCUCCCGCCGCCUCCCCGGGCCCGCCGCGCUCAGCCCCCCCCUCGCCGGUGGUGAGGAAAGCCCCCAUCUCCUCGCUGCUGCCCGCCUCCUCCGCCUUGCACAAGGCCGGGGCGCUGAAGGCCUUGAGCUCCAGCCUCUCGGCGCCGGCGCCCGUGGCGGCAGCCAAACCUCUGUGGGCGCCGCAGGAGAGCGACGCGCCGCUCAACCUCGCUCUGGACGUGGACCCCAACAAGGACAUCGUGUGUCAGCUGUGCGGAGCCUGGUUUGAGACCAGGAAAGGCCUGUCGAGCCACGCCAGGGCGCACCUGCGCCACUUUGGGGUGGAGUACUCCGAGUCCAAGGGCUCCCCCAUCGACCUCCUGAACCAGCUCAUCCAGAGCGAGGACUUCAAGCACAAAGCCGGCGCCCUGCAGCUCGACGCCCCCGCCUCCCUCCACCACAAGGGGGCGGCGGACGGGGGCGGGGCCACAUCCACAGCUCCCUCGGCCUCCGGGCCGCCCGCCAAGCGGCCCAAGUCCUCGUCCAUGCAGCUCUUCCGCCUGAGCAGUGGGGAGCUCAUGGCGCUUCCACACAGUGAACCGCCAAAGGAAAUCGGCUGCGAGUUCUGCGGCGAGUACUUCGAGAACCGUAAAGGCCUGUCCAGCCACGCGCGCUCCCACCUGCGUCAGAUGGGCAUCACCGAGUGGUCGGUCAACGGCUCGCCCAUCGACACCCUGAGGGACCUCAUCGCCCGGCGAGGCCUGCCCUGCGCGCUUCCUCUGAAAGCCUCCUCUCCGGGGCCUCCUCGUUCUCCUCUGUCCACCGCCUCCUCUCCCCUCGGCCGUCACCCCUUCACCUUCGCCCGCCCCUCCAGCCCGACUCCGCCGCCGCUGCUCCUGAAGAUGAAGCCGGAGCCGGAGCAGCUGGAGGUCAGCAGCCAGGGAGCGGAGGGGAGGAGCCAGAGCUUCUCCAGCUGGAGGAGCUCGGACGGCGGGUUCCCCCUCAACCUGGCCCUGGCUCAUGACGCGGAGCCCACGAGGGACAUCCGCUGCGAGUUCUGCGGCGAGUACUUCGAGAACCGUAAAGGCCUGUCCAGCCACGCGCGCUCCCACCUGCGUCAGAUGGGCAUCACCGAGUGGUCGGUCAACGGCUCGCCCAUCGACACCCUGAGGGAGGUGAUGCACAAGAGAGGCCUGGGCGCGUCCUCCUCGGAGCGCGGCGUGAAGAAGGAGUCGGGCCAGGGGCCGGGCGGUCCUCCGUGGGACAGCGUGGCCGGCGCCGGCGCCGGCGCCGGCGCCCCCGAGGCCUCGGCCGCGUCAGGACACCCGGCGGCAAAGCUCCGAAAGUCCCCUCUGAGCGUGCUGCAGACGGGCCCCCGGCCGCACAAGCACGGCCCGGCCGCGGGCCCGUCGGCAGGGAAGCUCUUCAGAGUGUCUCCGCUGGGGAAAAGGCCUCUGUCAGAGGGGGAGACGCCCCACUCCCCCCCCCUUCAGCCCAAAACCUUCCCUCCUCUGCCUCAUGACUUCUCCUUCAAGACGAAAGCGUCCCCAGACAAGCACGGACACCAGGAUCCCAGCUGUGAGCUGUGCGGCUUCUACUUUGAGAACCGGAAGGCCUUGGCCAGCCACGCGCGCGCCCACCUCCGGCAGUUUGGCGUCACCGAGUGGUGUGUGAACGGCUCCCCCAUCGAGACGCUCAGCGCGUGGAUGCGCAGCCGCCCCCAGAAGGUGCUGGAGAUGCACCGCAGCUACAUGCAGGGCAGCCGCUCCGCCCUCAAGAAGAAAGCCCCGUGCUCCCCGUCCUCCUCCCAGUGGUCCUCCUCGCUGGCUGUGAGCCUGGUGCGGCCGCUGAGCGAGGCCGCUCACGGCUCCUCCAAGGACGGCGACGCCGGCGCCAACCGGGCGGCGCCGACCAGGCCCGGCCUGCAGCUGCAGGCGCAGGUGGCGCGCAGCGAGCUCAACGUGCGUCUGCCCAGAGGAUUUGAACGUCGGCCCUUGAAGCAUCCGUCGUGUCCCGACGGGGCAGAGCGAGACCCCCCGAAGCCGCCGCGCACCGGCACCAUCCCCGCCCUGGUGCCCAAACCACCCACCUACCCACUGGUCAAACUGGUGGGAAAGUUCUACACCCUAAAGUGCCGAUUCUGCGAGGUGGAGUUUCACGGCCCGCUGUCGGUGCAGGAGGACUGGAUCAGGCACCUCCAGCAGCACAUCCUCAAGAUGAACUACAACAAACCCUCCGCUCCCAAAAGCACCUCCACCGAGGCUCCGGACCGGGCCCCGGCCCUGACCCCGGACCGCAGCCCCACCCCGACCGGCACCGCCGCCCCCAGCCGGCGCUGCCUUACGCCUCUGGCCAUUGUUGCUGCCCCCGACGUAGUGAAGGCGUCAGAAGAGCAGCCGCUGACGCCCACGCCGCUGACGCCCACGCCGCUGACGCCCACGCCGCUGACGCCCACGCCGCUGACGCCCACGCCGCUGACGCCCACGCCGCUGACGCCCACGCCGCUGACGCCCACGCCGCUGACGCUGACGCCCACGCCGCUGCCGCUGACGCCCACGCCGCUGCCGCUGACGCCCACGCCGCUGACACCCACGCCGCUCACGCCCACGCCGCUCACGCCCACGCCGCUCACGCCCACGCCGCUCACGCCCACGCCGCUCACGCCCACGCCGCUCACGCCCACGCCGCUGACCCCCCCCACCCAGUCAUCAUAAAGCUGGAGUUCAUCGUCCACCUUUUGGCGCUUGAUUCCUCGUCUCUCUCUGUCCUUUGGCUUUACGAAGUGUUGUUGAAGAGACUGUUUCCCUCUAAAGAGCGCUCGUAGCCCCACCACCUCUGAAGCCGCUCUCUCCUCCUGUUUCCAUGGGAACCAAGCUCUCAGGUUUGUCUGGGUGGCUGUGGGGACCAGCGGAGGUUGAGAGGUGUUUUGCGUUUGCCUUGUUUUGCUGAAUGUCCAGGCUGAGGAUCCUCACCGGGCUCCAGCUCGUUACUGAUGCCUUCUCACGAAGGUCCUGACUGAGAUUAAAUGACGUUUCUAUUCAUGCCAGUCUUUGAAGACUUUAAACAUGUAGUGACACUUAGUGUUAUACAGGCACUUUGAACUCAGCACUUAUUGGAACAACCGUUUGCAGCUAAUUCGGACUCGUCCACCUUUUGCACACUUGGUAAUUAUUUCAAUUGAAAUGAAUAUUUUCCCCUUUUGAUUUGUAUUAAUGAAUCAGCAGUUUUAUAUUUUGGCUAAAUCAAAGCAGAAUCUUGAUUUCGUCCAACACACAGUAUGAAUAAAAGAGAUUGUGUGCAAACGGGGACGAGUCUGUUUCCUGCAGGAAAAGAUUGAACGUUAACAAAGUGUGAUUCUGGUUGGAGCAAGUGGAAGCACACCCUUAAAGGGACCCCCCCCCCCAAUCUCUUCCCAGAUUUACAUUUAGUUUGAAUGUAUCUUAAAGCACCUGUGAGGACAUGAAAUGUACACAAUUGGACGUUUCCUUUCAUCUUCCUGCCUUUUCCUGGUCCCCACUUAUUUAUUCUGCAUCUGAAUGUGUUAAGCUCGUUUUGCUGUAGAUUUUGGAAAUGUUAAGCUAGGUCAGGCGUGCACGCGUAUUCCUGUGCACAAUGUGAGUGUGUUUGUUUCUAUGUGUGUGCACAUACACGGCAGACAUCUCUGAGCUCAUCACUCACCUGAUCCGCCGCGUCGGGAUGUGCCAAAGAGUCCGUUUGCAGCUGUUUACGUUGGACAUCCGCUGUGCGCACCAUCAGACCGGGCCACUGGACCUCUGCUGUUGCUGGACGCUCAGAUUGUUCCUAUUAAACCUGAACCAAACCUGGAACCCAACCUCGGGUUCCUAUAUCAAGCUGGAACUGAAGCGGUACCCGAGGGUCCAUGUAGGCGGCUGACCUGCUCACGUCGGAUCCAGUGUUUGCAGAGUGACUGUACCGACCCGUUGAUGGACCCUAGAUACCUACUAUAUAACUACAUGUACUUCAGAAGCUGCUGACGCUAGUAGAGCUUCAGCAGUUCCAUUAGCAUAGGUGAAAAAAAACAAGUGAUCUUAAUUCCUCUUGUGAUUUCAGUUUACCUUUGAUGCCAUGUAUUUUUUAUUGCUCUGUGCAUUUCUGUAAUUGCAGUCCUGCAAGUGAAUCUUAGAGUAUUUUUUAUUUCUAUCUCUUAGUCUCUCCGGGCUGAAACUGGUGCUGGUGAGAAUGUUGCAGGUGAGGAAACUGCUAAGAUGUCACAUCCUGGUGUGUGAGGACGCUGAUAACUGGGCCUCAACAGAACCAGCAGAUUUGAGAUGUCUGAAACGUCUGAUGGACCGUGUGUGUGUGUGUGUGUGUGUGUGUGUGUGUGUGUGUGUGUGUGUGUGUGUGUGUGUGUGUGUGUGUGUGUGUGUGUGUGUGUGUGUGUGUGUGUGUGUGUGUGUGUGUGUGUGUGUGUGUGUGUGUGUGUGUGUGUGUGUGUGUGUGUGUGUGUGUGUGUGUGUGAGAGAGAGAGAGAGUGAACGAAGAAGAAAAAGAUGCAGUUGAGGAAAGAACUGUACUGUAAACAAAGGGUUAAUCAACUCCAGAACAAACAAUAAAUGUGAUUUCAGUCUUUUA